CAACUCAACUCCGCACCAUUUUCUCCUGUCCCUCUCCGGCCGGAGAUCCACGCCACACCGCCGCGCCCUCCGCCGGCCUCGCCAGCAGCCUACGCGAUGCAGUUCUUCAGCGGAUCCUCGCUGACGUCGGUCGCGCCGGAUUCCAGCCCUGCACCGGCGGCGCCUCCGGGGACUGGCACGGGCGCCAACGCCCAGCUGAUCUACAUCUUCAACCGCAACGGCGUCUGCCUGCUGUACCGCGAGUGGCACCGCCCGCUCCGCACGCUCGCCCGCAACCAGGACCAGAAGCUCAUGUUCGGCCUCCUCUUCUCCCUCCGCUCCUUCACCGCCAAGAUCGACCCUACCUCAACAGAAAAUGGGAAUCUUGGGGCGCCACUACUGCCAGGUCAGGGAUGCUCAUUUCAUAGCUUCAAAACAAACACUUAUAAAUUGAACUACAUGGAGAGCCCAUCUGGUAUAAAGCUUAUUCUACUUACCCAUCCAAGAACUGGUGAUCAACGAGAUGCACUGAAGCAUAUCUACAGCUUAUAUGUGGAGUAUGUUGUAAAGAAUCCUCUGUAUGCUCCUGGCAGCCCAAUCAAGUGUGAACUUUUCAAUAAACAUCUCGAUCAGUAUGUGAAAACGUUGAUUUAAUCCCAUCCAGGUUUCGCUAGCGGGAAACAGCAUAUCAUGCUUUUAUGGAAAAUUCUGCGCCACACAGCAGUGGUGUCUCUGUGACUUUAUUUGAUAAUUCUGUUGUUGUGCAAGUGCUGCUUCAAGGAUGAUACAAGACUUCUGCGUGCAAAAAUGGUCCUGUUCUCAUUGUUUUAUACCCUGUAUUAGAUGGUCUUCUUGUGCAUUGGUUACUAUGUACUCUGACCACACUCGUGUAAAUUUAAUCCCUUCAUUAUGAAGGAUAUCCCAAAAUGGAAUUUGACUUGUUGUUU